AUGGAACCUCAACUUUUUUCCCGCAUUUCCAAAAUUGAGCUCUUGUUAAGUAUUCUCGCCUCAUUAAAGGCAAUAAAAAAUCAAGUAUGUUUUACAGUAGCGGCUUUUAAUGGUUUUUCAAAAAGAAAGAGCGUAUUUUCUUUCAGCAAGUCCAUCCCAUGAUUUAGUAGCUGAAGGCUAUUUAUCACAGCUUGAAUUCGAUAUAUAUAAUGUAAUUGCUGAUAUUGAAAUCAUGGUUGACAUCAAAGGGUUGAGAUCAGUCUUAAAAGCUUUAUCGGCGGCUGAAAAUACCAUGAAUCUCACUAUGGAAUAUCCAUACAAAGAUAACAAGCUUCUUCUUAUGGUAGAAGAAACAAACUCCUAUUCAACUCAAUUUUGCCUUGACACAUACAUGGUGGAGCCUCAGCCUGUCCUCGAAUUAUCAGACAAAAUUAACGCGACAAUAAAAUUCAAUGAUCCCCGCAUCAUUAAGCAAGCUAUGGAAGUUGCUUGUUAUGGCCGUAACGAAAUCGGGAUCUUUUUAAGUUUCAACGUUGAAAGGCCUUACUGCUUUUUCACAAGGGAUGAUAACGUAACUGGCAUUAAAAGCCGCGUUGCAAUCCCUCUUAAUGACCAAAUUGACUGCAAAGUCAGCCAACCUUGCGAGAAAAUGUUUUCCUCGAAACUCCUUAGAAAUGUAGCAGGUCUACCGAAGUGCUCUCAAGUAGAGAUGAUUAUGCAUGAAGAAGGUGUGCUUGAAGUUCGUGUUAUUUUAAGCAAUGAUGCAUGGAUUAGACAUUUUAUUAACCCUACAGAAGAAAGAAAUUAA